AUGGGUAAACGCGUCGCUGACGCCGUUCAUGGCUCAUUUACCCCGUUCAAUCUUCUGUGCCUUUGCAUUCUGGCUUUCGCGGGUUGCUUCACGCCUGCUAUUGCGGUAACGACGUUUCCCGGAGCCGGCCAAGUCGUUCAGGCUGGCGAGAGGCGGCUCGCUCAGCUCGCGCUGAAGGCAACCGACUCGAUGCACCCGUGCUGGACGCGCCUCUAUGAGCAGUUUGCAUACGAUACGGAGACGGAGAUCGGAUGCCGUGGUGGUGUCGAACGCCCAGCUAUGCUGAUGCUAACCUGCCACCUUUCGAGCUCAGGGCGCCUGUCGAACGCGUCGCAACCGCUCCAGCAACUCUAUACAGAUUUCAUCAAGUUGACGCGCUACCUCAACACGACGCAAUCAUCACUGCAGGCAACAAAUGAAGCGAACCGCGUCAGUCGCGCUUCCCCGCUAUCAUCGGAGCGCUUCGAGUUUGACGUGUCGGGUAUUGCGGCAGAGCUGAGCCCUCAUGAGUUCCAGCUGUACUCGCUGUUCUUCGCCCACUGCGCCUCGAUCUGUUACUUCCUGCUGGCAUAUAGACAUACCGCUCAGGUGAAAGAGGCCGUUCAACAGAUGCAGGCGGACGCAACGGCUGCAAUGCAUGCCAUGCAGGUGGCUCUCGAGAGGCAGCCGCCCGGUCACCCGGUACGCGAAGUUUUUCUCGGCUCGCCGCUUCUUUUCGUGGUGACGAUCGGAUGGUUACUGCACAUUCGUUUCGGUCGCUGGAUGCUAUUAGUUCUCAUUGCUAUUUAUGCUGCAGGUGGAUGGGUCGCGAUUGCCGGUAUGCCGGUACCGCUCGUGUUCAUCCGAUUGCUGUUUUGGCUGCGCCGUCGCUUCGACGAGCCGCUCGCGUUAGCACAUUACGCUGGAAGUUGA